AUUAGUUAAAGACUUUGACUUUAUGAUUUUUUUUUCCGCCACUACAAAAUCGCCAAUCUCAUCUUCUCUCUUACAAGAUUUUCUCCCUAUUACCUUCGAGAUCGUUCAAAAUAUCUUCGCCUAGUGGGGUAACAAAAAGAGGAAAAGCAUGGGAGAUUUGGCAACGUUGUCCGGUUCGCAGGCGGCGGCAUACAAGGAAGCCCGGCCGACGUACCCAAGCUCUUGGUACAAGAUGCUGUCCGAGAAAACCGCUUACCAUGAACGUGCUUGGGAUGUCGGCACCGGCAACGGUCAGGCCGCUCUCGGGGUUGCUGACUACUACAAUAACGUGGUGGCGACCGAUAUUAACCAAGCUCAACUGAAUCAGGCCACAAAGCACCCAAAGGUUACAUACCUCCUGACACCUGAAUCGAUGUCCGAGAACGAGCUCGUGGCUAUGGUCGGUGGCGAAAACUCCGUGGAUCUCGUGACUGUGGCUCAAGCUCUGCACUACUUCGAUCUCGACAAGUUCUACGCGGUCGUCAAACGCGUACUGCGAAAGCCGGGAGGCGUGAUCGCGGUCUGGGUCUUCAACGAAAUCGUCGUAUCUCCCCCGGUGGACCGCGUGUUCGAGCGCCUCUCCGACUCUACGGUCCCUUACAGAACCCCAAGAACCGACAUGGCGUUGGCCGGUUACAGAACUAUAUCGUUUCCUUUCGAAAGCGUCGGGAUUGGUUCCGAAGGGAAUUCUUUGCCCCUAGACCUUCCUUGGAAGUUAUCGCUGGACGGGUUCUUGGCUUACCUGAGAUCAUGGCAGCUCGUUGUGAAGGCGAAACAACAAGGGGUGGAUUUGUUGCCGGCAAGUUUGAUCGAUGAGUUCAAAGCUGCUUGGGGAUCAAACCCUGUUAAGACAGUUGUCUAUAAAUUCUUCAUGAUCGCCGGAAAAUGCAAAUCUAGUGAUUUUGAUUACCCGUUUGGACCUCCCGGAGGACAAAACUGGCCGCCAUUUCCUUUUCCUCCUCCUCCGUUUCCGCCACCGUUUGACUUCAAUCAUAUGCCACCGCCGCCUUUCCCACCACCGCCGCCAUUUGCCUAUGGAAACAUGCCACCGCCGCCUUUUCCACCACCGCCGCCAUUUGGCAGUGGAAACAUGCCGCCGCCUCCUCCUUUUCCGCCUGGAGGAUUUCCACCGUUCCCGUUUCCGUUUGGUAACUGAGAUCACCAAAAGAGACACGUGGGUCUAUCUAUGGGUGGAAUGAAAAUAGUUGUUAGUUCCCUGCAGCCUAUGUAAUAAUAGAGGUUACUGAAACCGACCGAUCGUGGAUGAUCCUAAAGCUGAAAUUAAGUGUGUGAGUUUAUAUCAUGAAGUGGUUUUUGUGAGUUUGAUGUCUGGAAUUAAAAGUAAGAAAAAUGAAAUUGUACUCUU